CGCACACACACGCAGAGUCAGAUCACAGCUCUGUGUGUGUUUCAGUCUCAGUAAACAAGCUGGUGAAAGUAAACAGACAGGAGGACGUUAACGGGGGACACACAGCAGAGAUGGUUUUGGAGAGGAAGGUGGACGUCCCGGUCUACGAUCUGUCUCUGAUCAGAGGACUCUGGGAGGUCCGAGUGAAGAAAUACAGACAGAGACAGAAGAAGGAGCAGGAGAGGGUCGAGCAGAGCGCACUCGCCAGGAUCGACCAGCAGUGGCAGUACCGCAUCUACUGUAAGACCCUGAAGACCACGGAACUGAACCUGCUGCAUCAUUACCUGGAGAGAUCGACACAGAGCAAUAUCCAGACGUGCACAGAUGCAGAGCAGCAGCAGGGCCCGGCAGCUCAGCAGCAUCAGAAGGAUCCAGAUCAGGACAAACUGAUCUUCCAGCUGAGCGGAGAUCGGUGGAUGGACUUCCCCCGGGAGCUGCAGUGGAUGACCUACCUGAAGGAGUGGCACGUCAGAGAGACGAGGAUCCGCCAGCUGCCUGACUACCUGGCCCUGUUCACUCAGCUCACGGUGCUCGACAUCCCCAAAAACGCCAUCGCUCAGCUGCCGCCUGAGAUCGGUAAACUGACUGGGUUGAGGGAGUUGGACGUCAGCUACAACCGUCUGUCCAAAGUUCCUGCAGAGCUUGGAAACUGUGAGAACCUGGAGAGACUGAACCUGGCGGGAAACCACAACCUGUCGGAGCUGCCGUUUGAGCUGAGCGGCCUGAAGCAGCUGCUUCACCUGGACAUCGCGGAGAACAGGUUUGUGUCGAUCCCCAUCUGCGCUCUGAGGAUGAGCUGCCUGCAGCUGCUGGACCUGAGCAACAACAGCCUGACCGACCUGCCGCAGGACAUGGACAGGUUGGAGCAGCUGGUCACACUGUUCGUCCACAAGAACCAGCUGUCUUACCUCCCUCAGUGUCUCAUCAACAUCUCCACGCUCAAGAUGAUCGUUGUCAGCGGCGACGAGCUCACCUGCAUCCCGACCAAGCUGUGCAGCAGCCCCGACAUCAAGUUUAUCCGACUGUACGACAACCUGACGAGUGCAGAGAGGAAGAAGAAAGAGGAGGAGAAGAAAGAGAAGAGCAAGAAGCAGAGGUGGAGAGAGCAGAGAGAGGAGGAGGUGAAGAAGGACAGCGGGGAGAAGGAGUUCAUGGAGGCGUACAUCAGCACGCUGACGGACCGAGACUCCGUCCCCUACUCCACCACCAAGGUCUCCAUCUCCUGCCUGCUGUGAGGAGGAGGAUGAAGGUUAGAUGACACCAUGAGUGACUGAAAGGUGAUUUCAUUUCAAAUCCAAUGAAAAAUGACUUGUUCAGUCAUAGUUAGAAGGUAAGAAGUUAAAAUGAGACAAGGAAACUGAAAAUGUUCUGAAUGAAACGUAUGAAAGUUUUUGUCAUAAAUUUGUCCCACUAAUUUAAAUUUAUGAGUAAAUUCUGAGUCAAACCAAUGAAACGAGAGAAGUAAAAUGAAAAUGAAUAAAUGAAACCUUCAGUUCUGUGACUGAGUCAAAUGUUUGACAGAAAUCCGACUUUUCACAAGUCACAUUUGUGUCGUUGAAUUUUUUACUUUUCAUCUUUUUUUCUUUUUUUUUUGCAGAAAUGUUUUUUUAAGUUUUUUAAGGUUCGAUUGAAAAUCGUUUUGAAAACAUCCAAACAGUGGAUUUAUUUUAAAAUUUGUUUUCAAGUGAGUUUUUGCUUGAGAAAAACUUUUCAUUCCAAAAUCAGAUUUCCAACAGGAACUCAGAGACGAGUCUCACAAACAGUCCCACAUGAAUCAUUUCACUGUCUCAUGUUAGAAAUAUUGAUCUUUGAAUUUGUGGUAUUUGAAAAAGCUCCUCACGCUCAGGAUGAUCGAGGUCCCAGCCGUGAUUCUAGUUUUCUCUUUAUCGCUUCAAAGUCGGAAAGUUGUGACCAAAGAGAGAAAAGUCUGAACGUCAGGAACUUACAGGUUUAACUGCAGGUGACGUCUGAUGGUUGAUGUGUUUUACGUUCUGCGUCUGUUUGUUUGUUUGAGUUUGUGAAGUUGUACAUUUUCUGCUAAAGUUCAGUUGUGACCACAAACAAUGUCAGAAUAAAGACAGUGUUCUAUCAGGAUAUUGAUUAAUUCCUAUGAUAAAAAGGUCAAAGUACAAAUUACUGUUAUUAAAACAGAUUUGGCUCCGACAUGAAGAAAAACAUGUUUUUAUUUUUGUAUUUUUAUUUGUGAACUGAUUUUUAUUAAACUUUCUGUGUGAUGCUUUGAUGGUGACGUGUGUGUUUUUAAAUUUUUUAAAAUUAAAUAAAUAUUGUUUGUGAAAA